AUGGAAUCAAGAUGUAUGCCGUGUAUUAUUGCCACUUUGUAUGAUUUCGGUUAUUUGGAAGCCAGCUAUCAACAAAAUAUCUCAGGAUACACUCAAUUCAACCCAACUAUGCAUUUUCUGGAUAAAAAAGAUAUGGAAAAGAUUUUGAACUUGACAGCCAUCCGAAUGCUUAUUAGGUCUGGACGUACACCAAAGACUGUAAGAGAAUAUCGAGUCCGAGUCAUGAAUAAAGAACAGGAGCCAAGAUUCUUGCAUGUGACAUCAUUAAAAGUAUGCGAUAUUGAGAACAUGGUGGUGAAGUUCUACUGGAAACCAAUACGGAAUUUGGAAACCACUCCGUCGGAAACGAAUACUGUAAAGAUUCCCAUAAAUUCGAAGCGGAUUGCAAAUUUCUUCAGCGGCAAAUGUGUUACUCCAUAA